AGCCCCGGCACCGCUUUAGUUUUUUUGAAAAAACGUAGCCUUUCGGCCCUCUAGAGACACCAUCGCUUGCACGCAAGCAGCCAUGGCCUCCACCGACCUCUACGCCCUCCUCAAAGUGGACAAAGACGUGCAGCCUCCGCAGCUCAAAAAGGCGUACUACGCACUGGCGCGCAAGGUGCAUCCCGACAAGCGCCCCGGGGACGAGCAGGCGAAAGCGGACUUCCUGGCGCUGAAGAAGGCCUACGACAUCUUGUGCGACCCGGUGCGCCGCCGCCGCUACGACCGCACGGGCUCCGUCGAGGACGACGCCGACUUCGCGGCGGCCUACGAGCAUUAUAGAGGCAUCCCCGUGUCCGAGGAGGACAUCCGCGCGACGGAGGCCGAGUACCGCCACUCGGACGAGGAGCGCACCGACGUGGUCGAGUACGCGCGGAAGCAUUCGGGCGACGUGGCGCGCAUCCUCGAGUCCAUCAUCGGCUCGACCGACGACGACGCCGAGCGCUACCGGACGAUUCUCGAGGACGCGCUGCGGGCCGGCGACCUGCCGAAAAAGCACAAGAAGCCCAUCGCCAAAGCCACGAUCCUCACGCUCGCCGAGCUCGAGGCCGACGCCGAGGAAAUGUCGUCCAGCGAGGAGGACGACGACGACGACGAGAAGGUCGACCUCGCGCCGCCGGCGGAGGUCGCGACCGCGCGCGCCGCCGCGGCCUCGGACGAGCCGUCCUCGGAUUUAUUGGCCAUGUUCGCGUCGCGGCGCGCCGAGCGGCAGCAGGGCUUCGACGCGUUCGCCGCGAAGUGGGAACGGAUCUCUGCCGAGGAGGAGGCAGCGGCGCCGAAGAAGAAGUCCAAGAAGCGUCGGUAA